UUCUGCUUCUCUUCUCUGAUUCUUCUCUUCUCUUCUUCUCAUCUGGUCUCCAUUGACGGCGACAGGUAUGACCAUAUGUGGCAGAUGGCAACUCUACCCCGUUCAAUGAUUUGUCUUCUCUCUCUCUCUCCCUGCGGGGAAGUUACGCAGAGUCCGGGACAUAAAUCCGUAUCCUCAGUGAUUCAGUCCUGCUUCAUCUGCUCACAGAGCCUCAGACCCAGACCCACCCAGAAACCAGGGUCCUUUAAGUUUCAACGAGAAAAAAACAACUGAAAACCCUCCUGUUAAAAACGGGUUUCCUUCCUGAUUCCAACUAUAGCAACAACAGCAGAACAAGAGGGAGAGAAAGUGAGCGCCAAGGACCAUCAGAAGAAAACAAUGAGAGAGAACGAAACGUUGAAUUUCUGCUAACCGACAGAGAUUCAUUGCAGAGAAGGCUAGUGGAAUCAUCACAGUUAAUUGAAGGUUUGAGAAGAGAGGCCAGGGAAGAGUUCUCCUUCACUCUUUCUUAUCUCACAGUUGCGGACCUGGUGGAGGUUCUUCUCCUUGAAGUCUACAUAAAGAGGUUUGUGUGGAGCUACUUGAUCCACCAAUGAUAGUAUCAAAGAGUGGACAUCCAAUAGUAUCGGCUUUAUUCAUGGAGAUUAUGGAAAUCAAUACUACAGCCAAUUAAAUUGGUGACACAAUGGAUCUCACUCCAUUCAAGCUUGACAUUGACGAGCUAAUAAAUGAGUUUUCUGAGUUAUGUUUGACAAAUUUAUAUGAAUUCCAGACUGGAUCAACAACUUUGGCUGAUAUGAAGAGAAUAUGGUUAUCUCGGAAGUUCACGUAUAUAUAUGAGGGUAGACCUAAAACCAAUCUAGUUUUCUUUAUGCAAUCACUAUAUGCCCAUUCGAUUGGUAAGAUGGUUUCCACAGGAUCUUUGUCACAGAGAUUAGGUGGAAUGUAUUGCUUAUAUUGUCUUUAUGAGACUCAACCAUUUAAGCCUCCUUUAAAGAUAUAUUUGUCCCUUGGUGAGCUGAAGAAACUUAGAAACCUUGUUGUUGAUGCAAAAGAAGCAAAUGUAAGAAUUGUACCUGCUUUGGUUAAAAGGAUGCUUGAAAAACACAUAUUUCUAUUUGGGUUUGUUGACAUUAAUGAGGGCUCUGUAGCUGAAAGGGUUAAUGAAAUCACAAAUCUUCAAAAUGCCCGCAUUCGAGUUGCAUAUGAGAAGUUAUUGUCAAAUACCCGGAUUGAGCACUUCCUUCACAUGGACUUGGGUAUGGAACUUGACAUGGAAGUGCUCAAGAGAAUGUCAACAGAGUAUGCAAAGGCAAAGGAACUAGCCAUCAAGGAGGCUGGUGAACAGGUGGAUAUAGAAAACAUAAAGCACAUAGCAGAAAACAAGACAUUGAUUGGAGAUGUUAUAGAGAAGAUAGCAGAGGACUGGAACAUCCAAAAGGAAGUGUUCUAUCAACAAUCAGGAUUUAAUCAAUCUUCCAACAUACAAGAAGAAGACCAUGUAGCUGGGGCUGCACAAGAAGAAGAGAAUGUAGCCGAUGACUUCGAUAAGGAGCUGGAGCACUUGUUGCUUGAACAGUAGUUAGAUUACCCACCAACUCACCAUUUGUGACACCGCUUCUCCAAUUCAGUAGCAAUCGGUCCCAGCUGGUGUCCCGUGUCUUGCUUUGCUUUGAUCCCAGAUAUUCCCUUUUCAAGUGUUCCACACCAAUAGGAUUAGGGGUGAGGUUGGAAGUAAUUUGUACAUGUAUCUACCCCCUAUUGGCUGUAGAUAUCAGAUGGAGUUUUCCCCAUGGCUUUUUUUAGUUGUUGGUCUUCUCUGUAUUUUAUAUUAGAUAUCAGGCAGAUCUGGUGCAGUUUUUUCCUGCACUAAUCAAUAUCCGAUAGCUGUUCCAUUACAUGUGCGUAAAGAUUCAUACCUUUCAGAUAUUUAUGGGUUCUCAUUUGUAGUAUAUGAUUUUUAAGUAUUGAUGAGAGAUUUAUUUUACAGGCUAAA